GUAUCUAUUUGUCAAUUUUAUGUCAAAUACUCGAAGUGCAGUUGCGUAUUUACUUUGCAUUUUUUCGUGUAAAAAUUAAGUAAAUUUGGGAAAUAUCUUAUUAGAAAUUGUGUUUGAUGCUGUAUUUGUGUAAAUAUGUCGAAGCGAAAGGCUGUUAUGAAAGAUAUCAUUUAUGAAUUGGACAAUGAAGACAUCGAAAUUAGCAGCGACGAUGAAGCUAAAGAAGCCAAAAUUAAUCGUUUAGAGACAAAAACCAGCCAUAAAACUGAUAAAAAAACUAAGGAGGAAGAAAAUAAUUCAGUUAUAACAAUAUUGGACACCCCUGAGAAGUCAUUACCCGAAAAACCGUCCCACAUUAAUACCAAUAGUAAUGGAGGGAAAAUAUCACCCGACGAUAGUUUCGUAGAUUUGGUUAAUGAUAGUAAUCCAGACUUGAAAGAGACUGAAGACCAAGUAGAUAGUACUAGUAAACUAAAUGCUGAAACCAAUAAAACAACUAUUUUAGAUGAAGACAUAGUAGUUGAUUCACCCACUUCCACUAGUGAUUUAGGUGUUGUUGGAUGUGAGAAUAGAACUCCAUUAGUGACUGUAAGAUUCAGAGACCAGAAAUUGGCUUCGAAUUAUAAAAAUAAAAUUAAAGCAUUUAUGUUAAGACUGAUUAAACUACAUGACAAAGAGAGUUCAUCAGACAUAGAAAGUGAAACGGACAUUGAACUGGACAUUUGGCCUGAAGAUUUAAAUGAUGAUGGUGAUUCCAUUACCGAUUUGGAGAAACCCGAACCAGAAAAUAAUUUGUUCUUUAUUGACACUGAGGCUUGCUCAAUACCCGAUGAAAUACCAGCCUACAUAGAGGCUUCAACAGUGAUAUCAAAUCCUGUUCUUAAAGAACCAACUCCUCCGCCCACGCCUGGUCGUCGACCUGUGGUUUGCUUUAACUGUGACGGUGCUCAUCAGCUGCGAGAGUGCAAGCUUCCUAGGAACUAUGCCAAGAUCAAUGAUAAACGCAGAAAUAUGACUACAAGGGUUGGGCGAUACCAUGUUGAGGAUGAACAGAAAUAUGGCCAUCUUACUCCUGGCCGGAUCUCGGGAAAACUCCGCGAUGCCCUCGGUCUGAAGAGACAUGAGCUACCCCUCUACAUUUACCAGAUGAGGUACCUAGGAUACCCUCCUGGAUGGCUGGAAGAAGCCAGGAUUUCUCAUUCGGGGAUCACUAUGUUUGAUUCUACUGGUGCUGCUAUUUUAGACCCUGAAGAGGAAGAGGGCGAGGUGUGUGAGCCGGGCUGCAAGGACAAGUUCGACAUCAAAAAGAUCCUGGACUUCCCCGGGUUCAAUGUGCCAUUUAGUUCAAGAUACAAGGAGGAGGGCCACUUGAUAGGCGCGCCGCCCAUGUCAGAGGAGGACAGCAAGAUCAGGAUGCUUCAAGUGCUGGCGCCGAAUGCUAUGAAAGCUUACAAACGCAAGAAACUUCUGCUGUUCCCAUCGGCGGUAACUGGAAACAUCUCUCAGGAGGUCUCCGAGAUGGAUCUGGAUAGUGGCGAUGAAACAGCAGAAUUCCCAUCGGUCCCACCGCUCCCAGACGAGGCUCCGCCGCCGCCGCCGCCGCUGCCCGCGCACCCCCCUCCACCGCCCCCUCAGUCCCCCGAAGACAAAUCUGCUGAAACUGACGACAUCGAAGUGGUUUCGGUGAUGAAAGUCGGCGAGAUACCCGUACCGGAGGUGCCGUCGAUCACUAUUGAUGAUGAUGAUGAAAAUGGCGAACCGAAAAGCGGCCGCACAAGCCCAUCCUUGGACGAUUUGGAAGAGAAAAAACGGCGGUUACUUAGCGCGCUGCAGGGAGGUGAACUCACUGACAAUGAGGCCGAGACUGACAAGGAAGUAGAAACGCCUCAAGAUGACGAAGCAGUUGCCCAGAUUGCUGAAUCUGAAGAAGUAGCAGGUGACAACCCUAACACGACUACAGAGAUAGAGCCCAAUGACAAAGAAAUUGCAAUUGAAACUGAAGAUGACAAAACUACGGAGAAAGGUAAAGACACAGCUUUAGAGAAAGAAAGCAAAGAUACGACUCCGGAGCAAAUACAGUCUCCCAUUGCUAAAGGAAAAACUGACAUCGCCAGUGUAUCGACAUCGGAUCCCAAAACUGGAAACGUGAAAACUACGCUAUACGGCACUCCCGUGAUUAACGUCGCCUCUCCGUACCUCAAACUCCCGAGUGACGACAAGUUUGCCAAAGACAUUUGUGACGUUAUAAACUUUGAGAACCUCCCAAACUCGACGGGGAAAUACAAACAGAUCAGCAGUAUCCUAAAAAAGGUUAAAACCCAAGUGGACAGGAUACAAGAAUCAUGAUCGUAACCUCACACCUCAUAGGUGUCAAUGGAAUUGUUAAUACUUAAGUUUAACGAGAAGUACUAUUUCUAAGUCAGAGGAAGUAUUUUUGUACUGCCUAGGAAUAUGUUCAGGUAUGAACAACAUUUUUGAAUAUUGUUAUAUUAUUUUGGGGUAUUCCAACGUUUCCCAGAGACGAAAUUUCCGAUUACUAGGUAAUUACGAGAAACCGAUAAAAAUAUUUUUGCACUGCCUAAUAAAAUUGACAUUUACAUUCCUGGGAUACCGUAAUACCCCUAUUCAAUCUGGGUUAUGGGGCGUCACACACCACUUUUUACACCAUUUUAAGUCAUAUUCUCAUAGUUCUCUACGGCUAGCACGAAAAACUUUCGAGUUCGAGUCGUUUGCGUAUUCGAAUCGCCCAUCAAAAGAUUUAGUACGAAAAC